ACAAUCAUGCCGUUCCUUCGGCAGGCACACGGCCUGCGACUCAAACCCCAUCCUUGGCCCCUCACAAACAGUCCCGUACUGUACUCGCCCACUGUCCGCUUUGCGAGCCACUCGAACAGAUACAAGAAAAAUCAUGCCGCUCAAGAUUCACACGCAGAAGCCCGUUCAGAUCACAACAACACAGCAUCUAGCAAGCGUCAGAAGCCUUUCUGGAAGUCCAUCGUCCCCGAUUUCCUGUCACAAGAGAUGGAAGCUUCCUCNAAAAGAGGUGGGCAUUUCGCACACGUCUCGUCGUUCAAGCUUCACACCUCCCACAAGUCAGGAUCGAAGCCAACCGUCGAAGCUUCAACCACAUCGUGGGAUUCCAAGACCAAUCAAGUUAGCCACACAGUCUACGAUCCCAUAUCUGGAAGAAUGGUUCCUACGGACAACGGACAAACCAGACAGACUUCUACCUCGACCAAGGGUCAAAAGGACAAUCAAAGCUCUGAAAAGGCUUACCAGAAACCCACAAUCCUCUCACACUUGCCAGAUGACAUCGAAGCCCUUGCAAACACACCUACCUCCCACGCCUCCUUCACCGAGGAUCUCGACAAGAAAUACCAGUCCGAGCACGAUGAGCUCCUCGCAGCUCGUAGGCAUCUAGACACCCUGCGCGAACAAAUCCGAAUCCUGGAACGUCAAGUCCAUCCUGACAUGACCAAGCCUCACUACGCUGUUGACGCUGAGAGACCCGCUGUCUUCGAAGAUGGCUGGGAUAACAACCCAAAAGGACUGCAAACCGCCUUCGAGCAUGAGAAGGAAGCUUGUGAACAUGGUGACAUGAAACCCCUCGAACAAGAGAUGGACGCUCUUAACAAGAGACCCUCUCAGGAACUCAAUGACGACUAUAGUGUAGCCCCGAGCGGCAUGGAAACCCUCUUUGCUAAUGAACAAAAGCAUGAUGAACUCAGUCACAAGUCUUCUCUGGAGCAGGAAUUGGUUGCUAUGAACACCAAAGCUUCUCCUCUUGACGAUGGCUGUUCAGCCUCGCCACAGGGUCUUGAGACGCUCUUUGAACACGAGCAAGAGGAGGCCGGUAAAGGUGCACGCGAGACUCUCGAGGAUGAAGUUCGCGCGGGCGGCAUUCCAGACAGUCUACCAAAGUACUCUGACAGCUUCGCCAAUGAGCCCGCCGGUCUUGAGAUGAUGUACCAUCAGGAGCAGCAGGGCACACCUCAGAACCUGGAGCAUGAACUUCAGAGCAUGGCCUCCAGUCCAGCUGUAAGAGAUUCAGAUGAUGCCUAUUCGACUGAGCCUAUCGGCAUGCAAACCCUUUACGAGAGGGACACAAAAGGCAGUCAGAAAGGACAGCACAAGGACCUGGAACAGGAACUACACGACCAUAUCCAGGCUCGCAACCUCAACAACGGCCUCCUGGCUGAUGUCAAAGGAAUGCAGACUUUGUGGAAACGAGAGCAAGAAGAGGUAGACAGAGGUAGUGCUAAGUCGCUAGAAGAGGAGAUCAGAGCCCAGCAACACGCACCAACCACUGCGGACGAGUACAACACUUCACCGUUUGGUAUGGAGACUCUCUUUAGCGAUGAAACGCAAAACACUGCAGAUGGCAAGUCCAAGACUCUUGAAGAGGAGGUCGGCCGUAAAGUGCAGGCACAGGUCCAUGAUGACGGUCAUACCCGUCCUCCAGGCGGCCUGGAGACUGCCUUCGACAGGGAACAGAAGGAUACUAUGCUCGGAAAACGCCAGAGCCUCGAGAAAGAAUUCGCCAAUCGUGAGCCCGCGUUCGAGGACGGCUAUGCGACCAUGCCAAUGGGUCUCCAGAUGAUGUUCCACCGUGAGAAACAAAGCCACGAGCGCUCCCUUGAGGAGGACCUCAAACAGGAAGCUUCGUACCAUGAAGAUGGCUAUUCCCGCGCACCAAUCGGCAUGGAAAACUGGUUCGAGAGAGAGACCAAAGACGAGUCCACCUUGUUGGAAGCAGAUCUGAAGAACAUGCCGGGUGAGGGAGAUCUUUCUCCAACUGUGGGUAAGUUCAAUAACAGUAACAUGUGGUACAAGCAAUCUGCCAGAAGCACGUUUUCUGAAGAAUACCCAAAGGCAGACGUGAAAGAGCUUGAUCAGCACACCGCAUUCUUCAGACGUUCGCUCGAUGAAGGACCAUCCAAUCCUAUCGAGUCCGGCGUAACGUCGCCAGAGACCGUGACCACAACAGAAUAUAUUCCAUCAACGACUACACCGGAUAACAAUUCUACAAAUGCAUCCUUAGCACCAGAAUCGGCUCCGAAAAUUACUUGGGCCGAACCUGCUCUUUACAAAGUGAUCGCCUACGACUCCAGCAAGGACGUUAUCACUAUCACUACUACACCGUCCAGCUUCUCGGAAAGCGAGAUACCCAUAUCGAUACCUCGAGCUAUCUCCCAACUCACUCAGACGGCUCGUUUCUUGCCACACCUUGCAUCUGUACAGCACGAAGGAUAUCAGAUAAUCCAAGCAGAUAAGGACUUCUUAAUAUCACGGAAGGUCUACACAGAAUCACAAUCGAGGCCUCCAUUGUAUGAGGGAGACAUCAAUCCUGUCGAUGGGACGUCCAAGCACAUUCCGAUUGAACCUCCUAGUGCGCGUUUUGCCUCUCCCACAGGAUUUGUCAAUUACGAACCUGUUUUUCCGACCGAACCUGUACAUAAGCAGGCAAAUACGACCAGUCCACCCUCUGCUAUUCCUUCCAAUGGACAUACAGGAUUCCAGCAGCAGAUAUACUAUCCUUAUCCGCAUGAGCUUGCAAACAGUGAAAAAGGCGUGACGGAAGAUUCUACGUGGCGACACCCCUUGAGNAGACGACGCAGGGAAAGGCGACGUCGUUGGCGUCGUCGAAUCGUCUGGAUUCUAGGUGUGGCUACAGGGACAGCAGUAUCGACUGCAUACGUUGUUGGUGUUUCUGGUGAGCUCGCUCGACCUGCGAAACCUGUUUUGCAACCCUCAAAGUAA